CUUAGCUGUGGCCAACUUAGCUGUGGACGAGACAUAUAUCGGUGGCCAGAGCAAAGUAGACAUGGCCGUGGGAGUUAUCAAGACCAAGCAGAAGCUUGCACCUGAGAAGGAGCGCUUCCUUCAGUGCUGUUCGGACAUUACCCUUGAGUUGAUCGACUCAUUGAAGAGCUCGAAGGAGAUCAACCUUAACGGGCUCAUCACCAAGAACUCCAAGAAGUACAAGCUCAAGUCGCAGCCGCGGUUGACAGAUGUGAUCAACUCCAUCCCAGAUCAGUACAAGAAGUACCUGUUGCCUAAGCUGAAGGCCAAACCUGUCAGAACAGCAUCCGGUGUGGGUGUUGUUGCGGUGAUGUCCAAACCGCACAGAUGCCCUCAUAUCUCCUUCACAGGUAACAUCUGCGUGUACUGUCCUGGAGGACCAGACUCGGAUUUCGAAUACUCCACGCAGUCCUAUACAGGCUACGAGCCCACGUCCAUGCGUGCGAUCAGGGCGCGGUAUGAUCCGUACGAGCAGGCCAGAGGUCGUAUUGAUCAGCUAAAGCAACUUGGCCACUCUGUGGAUAAAGUUGAGUACAUUGUCAUGGGUGGUACUUUUAUGUCUCUAGAUAAGGAGUACAGGGAGGACUUCAUAACUCAGUUGCACAAUGCCCUUUCCGGCUACAACGGUACAGAUCUUGACCAAGCCAUCAGCUAUUCGCAGCAAUCUUUGACCAAGUGUGUUGGUAUCACCAUUGAAACGAGACCUGAUUACUGUACAAAGACACACCUUGACGACAUGCUAAGAUAUGGAUGCACGCGUCUUGAAAUCGGUGUUCAAAGUGUAUAUGAAGAUGUUGCCAGAGACACGAAUAGAGGCCACACUGUGAAGUCUGUGUGUGAGACAUUUGCCAUUGCGAAAGAUGCUGGGUACAAGAUAGUUAGUCAUAUGAUGCCUGAUUUACCCAAUGUUGGUAUGGAGAGGGACUUGGCACAGUUCAAAGAAUACUUUGACAACCCAGAUUUUCGAACAGAUGGGUUAAAGAUCUAUCCGACCUUGGUCAUCAGAGGCACCGGGUUGUAUGAGUUGUGGAAAACUGGUAGGUACAAGUCCUACAAUGCCAAUGCAUUGAUUGAUCUUGUUGCUCGAAUCAUGGCGAUGGUGCCACCAUGGACGAGAAUAUACAGAGUUCAAAGAGAUAUUCCUAUGCCAUUGGUGUCAUCUGGUGUUGAAAACGGUAACUUGAGAGAGCUUGCGUUGGCCAGAAUGAAGGACUUUGGUACCAAGUGUCGUGAUGUGAGAACGAGAGAGGUUGGAAUCCAAGAGGUUCACCAUAAGGUCCAGCCGGAUCAGGUUGAACUCAUCAGAAGGGACUACUACGCCAAUGGAGGCUGGGAGACGUUCCUAUCGUAUGAAGAUCCUAAACAGGAUAUUCUCAUCGGACUGUUGCGUCUUCGUAAGCCGUCCAAAAAACAUACGUAUAGAAAAGAGUUUAAGUCUCAACCAACAUCCAUUGUCAGAGAGCUCCACGUUUAUGGCUCUGUUGUGCCGUUACACUCGAGAGACCCAAGAAAGUUCCAGCACCAGGGGUUCGGUACGCUGUUAAUGGAAGAAGCAGAGCGUAUUGCAAGGGAAGAACACGGGUCAUCGAAGAUCAGUGUUAUUAGUGGUGUUGGUGUGAGAAACUACUACGCAAGACUUGGAUAUGAAUUGGACGGACCUUACAUGUCCAAGCCACUUAAAUAACGACCUAAUUUGACAGCACGAUUACCAUGCAUGAUAAGUAGAGCUACCGUCGACGCUCGUGUACGCUAGCGGACACUUACAAAUUAUGCUCAUCACUUUGUAUAAGGAUCGGAGCUCGAUGUUGUCAUGUGGUCCCUGGCUCAGUGAUCCUGGCUAUCAGCUACCGGCUAAGUGAU